AAGGCCGAAGAAACGGGAAAACAAGUAACGCUUCCUAAACUCUCUUUUCUACCUUACAAUUUAUACUGUACCUUUGAAGGUAGUAAAUUGAUUUUUGCUUUCCGGUUGAUCCGACUAACUUGUGAGAAAUGGCGAUGGACAAGUUGGAAUUGCAGAUAUAUAAUACACUGACGAAGCAGACGGAGGUUUUCAAAUCGAAGGAACCUGGCAAGGUUAAAAUGUACAUAUGUGGUGUUACCCCCUAUGACUUCAGUCACAUCGGCCAUGCCCGUUCAUAUGUCGCCUUCGACAUUCUCUACAGGUAUCUGAAAUACUUGAGAUAUGAUGUUGUGUAUGUGCGCAACUUCUCAGAUGUAGAUGAAAAGAUAAUUCGUCGGGCUAACGAGUUUGGAGAGGACCCAAUAGCUUUGAGUGGUCGAUACUGCCAGGAGUUUCUAAAAGACAUGGAUGAUCUCCAAUGCCUCCCACCAAUUCAUCAGCCUCGUGUUAGUGAGCAUAUGGAGGAGAUUAAGGAAAUGAUAGCUAAGGUAAUGACUAAUGGCUAUGCAUAUACAGUUGAUGGAGAUGUUUAUUUCUCUGUCGAUAGUUUUCCAGAGUAUGGUCGCAUAUCUGGACAAAAAUUAGAAGAUAAUCGAGCUGGAGUACGCUUUGCAGUUGAUUCAAGAAAGCUAAAUCCUGCUGACUUUGCCUUGUGGAAGGCUGCAAAGCCUGGUGAACCAAGUUGGGACAGCCCCUGGGGUCGUGGAAGACCAGGUUGGCAUAUAGAAUGCAGUGCAAUGAGUGCCUACUAUUUAACACAUUCUUUUGAUAUACAUGGUGGUGGAAUGGACUUGAUUUUUCCUCACCAUGAGAAUGAGAUUGCCCAGAAUUGCGCUGCUUGUGGCCCGGAGAGUAAUGUUAGCUACUGGAUGCAUAAUGGUUUUGUUACCAUAGAUGAUGAGAAAAUGUCGAAAUCAUUGGGGAACUUCUUCACUAUACGUGAGGUUACUCGAUUGUACCAUCCCAUUGCAUUGAGGUACUUCUUGUUGGGGACGCACUACCGAUCUCCUGUUAAUUACUCAAUAUCACAGAUAGAAAUUGCUUCAGAAUCUGUGUAUUACAUUUAUCAGACCUUACAUGAUAGUGAAGAAGCUUUGUCUGCUUUCCAACAAGGAACUGUAACAGAAACAAAAGUAAAGGGGGUGCGUGUUAGCCCUCAGGCCCAAGAAUGCAUCAGCGAGUUGCGUAAUGAAUUGGAGACAAAGCUUUCUGACGAUUUGCAUACACCUGCAAUUUUAAAUGCUGCUCUUCAAGAAGCCCUUAGACUUAUGAAUAGCUAUGUGAACAUGCUGAAGAAAAAGCAACAACAGUUAUCUGUUAUUUUGUACCUAAGUGAGCUCCAGAAAGAAGUGAAGGCAGUGCUGGAUGUCCUUGGAUUGCUCCUUGGUUCAACUUGUGCUGAGGUUUUGCAGCAGUUUAAAGAGAGAGCACUGAAAAGGGCUGACUUGACGGAGGAAGAUAUUUUGCUUGCAAUAGAGGAAAGAGCACUAGCAAGGAAAAAUAAGGAGUUUGCAAGAAGCGAUCAGAUUAGAACUGAUUUAGUGGCCAAGGGAAUUGCUUUAAUGGACAUAGGGACAUAAACAGUUUGGAGGCCUUGUGUAAGACGUGGACUAGAACAGCCUGCCCCGCCAGCUCAACUUGAGCAGUCUGCUGCAGCAGUGCAAAAAGAACCGCCUGUUGCACCCAGGGAUGGCAAAUGGGGCGGGGCAGUGCAGGGCAAAGCCUUAAUGGGGCAGGGCAGGGCGUGUCAAAACACAUUUUCAGAAAAUAGUAAAUGGGGCAGGGCAGGAUUUUAGCUGCAAACUCACUUA